UGGGAACUGCAAACAUUGACACUAAAGACAAACAUCAACUUAUUGAUAUCAAUCAAAGCAACAAAUUUGGAUAGAAAAAGUCUGAAUUUGUGACAAUUCGGGCGGGUUGUCAUAGGACCGAUCCAGCUGCCGGACUUUGAAAACCAAGUGUAGCGUUUCUCUGCUGGACUGCUGGUGACAGGGCAGAUAAGCUAGCGGGCUAACGGGCUAACGGGCUACCUAACGGACGAGGCGGUGUGAGCUAACCUCGCUCCCUGUCCACUCGCCCCAGGACACGGGGCCGGGACAAGAGAGAUGUCCUGCUGUUUGCUGGAGUUCUGCCGGGUCCAAGAGCUCAAAACAGUCAAGGGGUUCUUGUACCAGGAGCAGAAAGACGACCCGCCGGAGGAGGAGAAUAAUCAAACAGCAGAGAAUGAGCUUACCUGGGACACUUCUGACUGGGAAUCGGCAUGGGAUAACCAUGACGUCAAAGAGGAUGAUACCACCACUGCCACUGUGGUGGAGGAGGAGAGCACUGAGCAGAGCGCCCCUUGGCUGCAGGACUGUGUGGUGUCCCUGUCACCCUGCUCUGAUCUGCUUGUGGUGGCCCGAGAACACAGAGCUGUCUUUCUCUCAGCCAAGUGGCGUACAGAUGACAGUGGCAGGGAGGAGAUGACUCUGGCUGUGUCGUGGACUGGAACCCUCAACACUGAGGAAGGAGAGUGUGUGAGCAGUGUCAUCUGCAUACCAUUGGCUAGCCAGAAAAGGAGCUCAACAGGGAGGCCUGACUGGACGUGUAUUGUAGUGGGCUUCUCAUCUGGCUGCGUGCGCUUCUACACAGAGAAUGGUGUUCUGCUUUUGGCCCAGCUGUUGAACGAAGACCCUGUACUGAGACUUAAGUGUCGCACGUAUGAGAUUCCCCGUCACCCUGGAGUCACUGAGCAGCAUGAAGAGCUGAGUAUUCUUUACCCGACUGCUCUGGUAACCAUUGAUGGCUUCAGCCUCUUUCAGUCUCUGCGUGCUUGCAGGAACCAAGUGGCAAGAGCGGCUGCUGCAGGUAGUGAGGUGAUCCAGCCACCUCCCCUGGCCUAUAAGAAGUGGGGCCUGCAGGACAUGGACACCAUUGUGGACCACAGCAGCGUGGGCAUUAUGACGCUGUGUGUGUUCGACCAGAUGAAGAACGCCUCUAUCCUGGGGGGAUUCCAUGCCUCAGUCAAGGGCAGCCCCCCCGCCAUGAGCCAGUACAUCACAGUGGGUGGGGGGCCCUACACAGGCUUCUACUAUGCCAUAGAGGGGAGCUCCCAGCCACUGCUCUCCCACGUAGCUCUGGCUGUAGCCAGCAAACUCACCUCAGCCCUCUUCAGUGCCGCCAGUGGCUGGUUAGGGUGGAAAAACAAGAAUGAAGAGGAGCCAGCUCAGAAACAGAAGCCCAAAGUGGAGCCAGCCACGCCCUUAGCUGUCAGGUUUGGGCUCCCAGAUUCUCGGCGCCAUGGCGAGUCCAUCUGCCUGUCCCCCUGCAACACCCUGGCUGGAGUGACAGACGACUUUGGCCGAGUCACCCUGCUGGACUUGGCCAGAGGCAUCGCCAUCCGCAUGUGGAAGGGUUACCGUGAUGCCCAACUGGGUUGGGUGCAGGUGUCAGAGAGACGGGGUGAGCGGGAUUCCUCUCCAUCCACUCCCCUCCCUAGACGCCAUGCACAGUUCCUGGUCAUCUACGCCCCUCGCAGGGGAAUCCUGGAGGUGUGGGGUACGCAGCAGGGGCCCCGGGUAGGAGCCUUCACCGUGGGCAAACACUGCAGGUUGCUUUAUGCUGGUUACCGUUUAAUGGGGGUGAACAGUGUGACCAGCCAGGGUUGGCAACUCCACACUCAGCAGGUGUGUCUGCUGGACCCCACCACCGGAGCACUCAGAACAGUCACUGUGCCGUUCCACCUGGCCCUCAGUGACAAGAAGAGCGAGAGAGCCAAGGACAUGCACCUGUUGAAGAGGCUGACCACCAUACUUCGGAGCAGGGAGGUAGAACCAGAUAUCUUGGAGAAUGAAGCCAAGAGUGUGUUGCUGGACAUCAAGCACCCUGCCAUUAAGAAGCAGGCAUUGGAGUCCCUGCUGUCCAAUAAGAAUGCUCCCGUCUCAUGUUUGACCAACAUCACACGUGCAUUACACGACAGUCUCAAAGAACAAGACCCUGAGGCGGUGGACCAAGCACUGCUCCAGCUGUGCUCCUCCCAGCUUAAACUGCUGCAGCUCUACACCGACAUCCAGCAGCUGCACUCAGCUGCCGCGGACACUGAGGCAUGCUCUGAAGCAUUGGAGUCCCUGGUGGGCAUAGAGGAAGAGUUGUCGCAAGUGGGCCCAACCCUGCAGCGUUACGCCCAGCUCACAGUGAGGCCCUGUGUCUCCUUUGCCCAGGACUCCCCCAACUCCCCCUUACCCGCCCAUGCUUUCCUCUCCCAGCUGGAGUGCACCGAGGACGGGGAGGUCAGGGUCAUCCGCAGGACAGAUGCAGAGUGGAACCAGCUAGGAAGCUUCCUGUUCUGGGGCUGCCUGUGUGGAGAGAGCCCCCUUCACAGGGUGUGUGACACACUACAGCAGACGGGCAUCAGCCCACAUCAGCUACUGUCUCUUGUGCUGAGUGUGUGGCUGCACAGAGAGAAGGAGGUGCUGAAGAAUCCAGCGGGGAGUGUUAGAAAGCUACACACACUGCUCAUCGCUCUCAGCAACAUGAAAGGCGCAGUGGAUGAGUCUUGGGAUCCUCAGUCUAUCUCUCCCUGGUGGCAGCAGGUGCGCUGUGCCUGUGUCCAGUCUCACAGUGCUGCAGCCUCACUACUGGCUGCCAUGGUAGCUCACCGUGCCGCUAAGGCUAGCAUCACAAUCCUGGCAGACAGCAAGUUGCAUUCAGAGUGGGAGGCAGUGUCCCUGGAGCUGGAGCAGUGGGCGGUGUGUGUGCGCCAGCUGGAAGAUCUGCUGGCUCUGCAAACCCUGCUAUGGGCUCCUCCACCCAAAGGAACAGCAGGGGGCGCUCCAUCACAGUGCUCAGUUAAAACCCUGCUGGAGGGUGGCAGAGGUGGAAUAGCUGACAGUGUAUCGAAGUGGGUGUUCAGGCAGGACUUGGCCCCAGAACGUCUGAAGGAGAUUCUCCAGACAAAAAAAGAGAAAGGGGGAGAGGAUGGUUCAAAGCAACAAGAAGAGGGAGGGGGAGAGGAGGAGGAGGAGAAAGAAAGAAACCAGGAGGACACAGACCCCAACAGGACAGCAGAGUUGUUGGCGGCAGUGUGCCAGCGGUUCCCAGACUCCCUUUCUGCCGACCUGCUCUUCGCCCACUGCUGCUGGGAGUAUGUGGUGCAGUGGAACAAGGACCCUGAGGAGGGUCGGUAUAUGUGUUUGGCUGUAAAACAUUUGAAACUGGUCUCCAGUCCACACAUCCAACUUGGGAUUUCUUCAAUGAUGUGGAGCACAUUUAUCGUCAAGCGUAUCUCAGCGGCGGCCUUCCUCAUGGAAAAGGUGGGGAAGGCACCCAAAGACCGCUUAUGUCGACGGGAUGUGGGAAUGGGAGACAAAGCCACAACAUCAUUCCUGGCCUCCUCUAUUCAGCUAUUGCAGAUUCUCAUGGAGGUGACUGGACAAUUGAAUAACAAUCAUUGCUCUUUAUCUUUUAUCACUUACAACGCAGAUUCGGCAGUAGAGGAGGUGCCUCCUCCAGAGCUGUGCGUGGAGGAGGUGUGGUGCGGGGCUGAGGGCCCGGCCUCCAUAGCCGAGCUGGCCCUGGAGCAGAAAGGCGUCCACUACCCCUUGGUCCAGCACCACUGUCUGCUGGCUUCACUGCUGCAUGCUGCUAUGACCUUCAGUCUGAAGGUCAAACCUCUCAGCUUGUUUGAUAGCAAGGGUAAAAAUGCCUUCUUCAGAGAUCUGACCACCAUCCAGCUAAUGCCCAGUGGGGACGUGGACCCUGGCCUAGUCUCACUACGACAGGAGUUCCUCCUGCAUUUGCUCACAGGCUGGGUACAGGCCAUAGACGAUGCCCCCGGCUCAGCCCCAGGAGCCAGCUCAACUCCUCUCCCCACCAAUGGCCCCCGGGCUGACUGGUGGCCCUCAAUGUGCCUGGAACUGGGCUCCCUGCUGCAAGUCAACCCUGACAUUCUCCGACGACACCUGGUCUGUGAACUCUACAACCAAGGGUUAGACCUCAGGGCCGAAGAGGUGAUGUUGGAGGUUGAAGAUAAGGACGUGUUGGGCUCCCAGCUGCUGGUGCUGACAGGCCAGAGGCUAAGCUACUCACUGCUUCACAGCCAGAGCCAGACACAGGCUGCCAUGGAGCUGCUAGCACGCCUGCCCCCUACCCUGUGCACCUGGCUGAAGGCUAUGGACCCAAGUGAAUUGCGGUGCCCGCUGGUGCCCCUGGCCCAAAUCAGCAGGCUGGUCAGCCACCUAAUUGAGAUCCUUCCGGAGAACCACGGCCAGUACAGCUUGGCCCUCCAUCUGCUGGAGGCGGUGGAGGUGCUCAUUAUGGAGGACUGAUGGAGGGAUGGAGAGAGCAUCCAGAAAGGGCGGAGGGAGGGUGAGUAAGGAAGAGGGUGAAGCUAAAUAGAUAUUGACGUGAGGAGGGACAAUGGGGAGAACGAGAGGGUGAGGGAGGAAUGGAAACCGACUGGAGAGCUAUUUUACCCGCAACAGAAAGGCAAAAACCCCUCUAACUUGGUCCAUUGAGAAUGUCUUACCUUUAACGAGGCUGAUGAGGCCACUUCAGUGUAUCGCAUCAUGGAGUCCAGAUGUCUGGUGAUACUCAAGAAAGAGGAUCACAUCCAAGGGGAAGGUAUGACCUGUAAUGUUGGUCUCAUUAUCCUUCUCGCCUGUCAUUGUCAGAGAUGAGAGAAGGCCGGGUUUUACGUCUUAUGGGUUAGCUUGCAACAUCGAAUCAUGGAAAGAAGGGGAUAGGCAAGAGAUAUAUACAGUAUAUAAAUAUGUAUAGAGAAUGAGAGUGGAAGGAUAUGAUGGGCUUUUAAACAAUUUUACUCAAUCCGUCAUUGUAUUUUUGCCUAAAUAUGUAACAUACAUUAUAUGGAAUAUUAGUGUUUGUAAUACUGAGGAGUAUUUUGUGAGGAUGUGUUUGAGAUGGUUAUGAUAGAACUGAGCAUGUCUUUACUCAAAUGUCAUUUAUGUAUUUUAUUUCACUCUGGGGGGGCUGACUUUCCUAAACACCACUGCGUCCAACCUGUCCAUUCAUUCUGAAUUAAGGCCGACUUUGCUUCUUUUUUUUUUCUGUAUUGACUUGUGCCAUAUCAAAGUUCUGUUUUGCAUCUCUCCAUCCUCUUCAUCGCACUAAAGAAAUAUGGACCUCGUAUUUUUUUUUAUUUAUACACGCAGACUAGCUGUGCCUGUGGACCUCCUAUUCUGUAGCUGCCCUCCACUGCAGUGAUUUGACACGGAAUAAAGAGGUUUGAUGCUA